AUACACAACGUUUCUACACACACCUAAGAGAAAGUAUAAAGAUGCUGGGUUCACAGCGCUUACAUACCCAGCCGCUGAGGCCCAAAGCUCGUAGACAACGGAUGCCGCGGCUCAUUCGUUGCAGAGACGCGCCCAACUUUAAUCCCCAGAACACCCCUGACCCAAUAGUGAUGCCCAACCCCAAGUUCUCGCCUGUGGAGUCGGUUGAGGUGCAGCUGAACGCGCUUCGCAACAAUGACGAACCCUGGCUGAACCACGGCAUCCAGACCGCCUAUGAGUUCGCUGCUGACGCCGGCGGCAUGGAGCGCUCGCGCUACUUCGGUUUCAGCAAGGACCUGUACCACCUCGACCACUUCCUGGGCAUGUUUGGCAACAUGUGCGGUGAGCUCAUCAACAGCCAGUCACACGCCGUGCUGGAGUCCGGGGAGCUGGCCGAGGAGCCCGGGUCGGUGGCGGUGCGUGUGGAGGUGGUGGGGCCCACGGGCCGGCAAGGGCGUUACGACUUCAAGAUGGUGAAGAAGGAGUUUGGGCGCAAGGCGGGGUCAUGGAUGACCAAGAGCUUGCUUAAAGCGGAAGAGACGGCGUGAGCCUGGGGGCACCUGCGGUGAAGUAGUGCGUGCUGUGGCGUGUGGAGAGGCGCACUUCACAUUUCUCCGUUGCGUGGCCGGUGUGGAGGCGGACUGAAUGUGUGUGUGUGUGUGUGGCGUGCCGGCACGCCGCGGUGUCGGGUGUGAUCACGCGCAGUGCUGGUUAGAAGUAAAAUCUGAACUGCAUCAGGUGUGGUAGCCUUGGUGGAGUGGACCGUAGCUAGGGGACCCAUGAUGGCGGCAACGAGUGCACAACUGCGCAUGGGAUGGCUGGACUCAGCACACAGUUACAAUACGGCAAGAUAUCACGCUAAAGAUGUGUGCCUGUCGUGGACCUGUGAAGUACUUUGACAGGCACACAUCUUUGAUGUUAGGUGUUAACCUAGGCCUGAACGUGAGUCCGUUCGUGUGGGAACGUGGCGACUGCGAGAGUGCCUUGGAUGCCCCUCACGUCGGAUGCUUCCGGUCGGCUGGACAGUGACAGCCCGCUGGCGAGGGUGGGCUGUUAAGUAGUCUGCGAGCCGGUGCAUAUGGUCCUCAGUCUGCAGCCCUCAUCCAACCGCUGCUACGCGAAGCGGCGCGGCGACGCGCAGCGAGGGAGCGGUAGCAGCGGUGGCUGCCCCACGUGAUCGUGCCAGGCACGGCGCGCAUGCAUUUCCGCCUCGCAACCUUAACAAGAACAAGCCCCUGUCGCAUGCAUUGGCACCCUCUCCUCGUUGGCUGAUCCUCUCCAGUCAAUCAUGCCCACUCGCUCAAACUCAGUGCUCCGCACUCCUGGAACCAUGCCUCGAUUUGUGACAUGCACUACUUACCGUACUGCCAGGAAGUUUUUUCCAGUGCUAAGUUUUUUUCGGCUGCCAAGGAUUAAUAUUUAACGUUUUCUGAAUA